UCCAAGGAGGAUAUUUCCGAGCAGAAGCAGACUCUGUUUUUCCUAGAAUGUGCUCACAGCUUAAAUAUUUGGACUGAAAUUUUCCAUAUUGUAUGGUUCUGACAGAGACAUAUGACGGCUUCCUGUAAAUCAAAGACAUCAACUCCACACAAAUGCAUGAGGGGAUGUGUCCAAGCUACAGCCUGAACGGAGCCUUUUACUUUUGAGUGCUCAACUUGGCCAUCUUAAAACAUGUCUUUAAAAUAGUCCCGCUCUGGGCUGGGAUUUCCCCCCAGUAAUACUGUAUGUGUGGUAUGGGUUGUAUGUCUCUCUUACAAUACAGCAGAGAACAGGAAGUUCUGGGACAGGGAAAGUAAAAGCGGAGCCAAGCAGGAGACGGGAAUAUGGUGUGACUGAUGAGUCUACAGCUGGAAUAUCUGCAAUGGCUUAUUAAAAAAAAACAACAGAAAGCUAAGUCUGCUUUCACAUCCAUUAUACUGUGUUACAUGAGUUUAAAUGAGAGUAGAAUCUGACCAAAUUCUGCUACAAAUCAGCUAUAUAAAGGCAUUAAGUUGAAUGCUUAAUUGGUGUAAAUGGCACAUUUCUGCUAUUAGUGUUGGACUGCAGACAACCUCAGUCUCAAAGUAAUGAACAAAAAUUCUCAUCAUUUAAGAAGAGUGGAAAAGGUCCAAAUCUACAGAGGGCACUUCCCAAGAUACUUUUGCUUGUGUAAACAUCUGACUGCACGUAAGAAGAGAGGUUUUAUAUGCUGUUGGAGUAAAAUUUCGGGAAAGAAGGUCACUCUGCCCUUUGGCAAUCCUUUUGUGCAUUUGGAAACAAACCUCAGUUAUGUCCAGAGAUCCUGGUUUUGAGAUGCCUCAUCCAUUCUGCAACACUGUACAGGAUACAGCAAAUCCCUCAUUCAGUCUCGAAAUGUUUUAAAACAUUGACCUGUAUCAAACCUGGGCAGGUCUCUAGUUCCUACCCUGGGCGACUGGUAGAGGAAUCAGUAAAUGCAAAGAAAUCAGUUAUUCACCUGAGAGCAGUGUUCAGAGAACCACAUCAGCAGGUAAGAUGAAUUAGCAGGUGCCAUCUAAGCACUUGGGAGAGGAUCUGGUCCCCUACAGAUAAAUGGGCUUUGAGCAGCCAAGGUAUUACCAGCUCAGAGGUCACGUUUGCUGUGUUGCAGCAGCUUGGAUUAACAGGUAGGACCCAGGAUCUGGGCUCCAGCAUCAGGGAGCAAGAUGCUUCUCUGCCUCAAAGGCUUGUUAGAAAAGGAGCCCUUAUAAUCAAGGGCUGUUUUACAUCCUCCUUCCCAAGAAUAUUUGCUUAGAUGACCAAAAAUAGUUUUAAUAGGUUGACUUUGAACUAAAUACUCUAAAAAAAACCCAAAGAUCACAGCACUUCACCUUUUUCUGUAUGUGACAUCCAGCAAGAAGUCAGGCUUUCAGUGAGAAGCAGCUUUCUGUAACCCCCCCAGCAGGAUCAGGGAUUGGGGAAUGCAUUUCCCAUCUGUGCCCCACUGAGGGAUAGCCAAUGCCACAGAAGGGGCAGGCAUUCAAAUCUCCCAGUUACUCAGUGCCAGCUCCCCUCCUGGACCAACCCGCUCUCAUCAGACCCAGCUGUUGUCUAAAGCAGAGGAGUCUGUGGAUCUGCAGCUGUUGUGGGACAGUUGUUUUGGAAGUGGCCUUUGGCAGGGAUGUGGGAUGUGCCAGCAAGAUUUACUAGAUAGUUGUACAGUACCCUGACCAAUGUUGCUGGGGCCAAUCUGUUGGCUUGCUGAGCUCUACAACAGUGGUUUUGCUGACAGAGCCUGAAUUUGGUUUUUGGAGUUUUGGGUUUGGACACAUCUUGCCAAUGCAGUUAUGGCAGCAAUAUUUAGCUGAGGAGACCUUGGUCUGACAGAGUUUACUAAAGCAGUUACUUUCAUCAGCAGUUAGCCUGGAAAAAUGAGGAAAAGGCAGCAAUGUCCACGAGGCAUCCUACCAAGAGUCUUCACCUUGCUCCAUGCUGAGGGCUGCUGGCAGCCUCGUUGUGUGGGGGCACUUGUUUUCCAGCCAGACCCUCUUUGGACAUACUCUUUGGUUGAAAUAUGGCAGCUGUGCUCCAUACCCCCUUCCCUCUUGUAGCAUUAGGAGGGCAGUGAUGGAGCAAAGGUACUUAGUGCUGUUGGAUUCCAGAGGCUGUGCUUCUCCUCAUGACCAGCACUGCCAACACACUUCAUGAGGACGUGUAGUCACCUCCAGUCCAACCUCCUUCCUCCUCUGUGUGUGCAAGACCUUCAGGGUUCAUCUGAAAUCUCCCACAUAGCACCUGUACAAAUGUUUCUCUCGGAUGCUCAGCAUUUCAUUUCUGAUGUGUUUAUGGUGUCUUUUUGUUCAGACAAAAGAUAAGUCCCUAAAUGCUCCAACCUAAAGCCCCAUCUCCUAGGAUAUGAUGGAACCAGCCAGCUCUGGCUGCUGGCAGGAUCCAAGCAAUAGCCCUUGCUGAAGUGCAGCUGAGCUGCCCCACCCAUCCAUCUCAGGUUCCUGGGUGCCAGGCAGUCAGCCUGGGUGCCAGGCAGUCUCGGGAAGAGCCCACGGUCCCUGGGUGGAUCUGCAGGGUUCAUUGCACGUGGGGCCUGUGGCCCAGAUGGCUCGUUCAGAAGGGCUACAAGAUUUUUCUUUUUUUAUUGAGAAGAGCAGAAGAAGAGACUUCAUUCCACACUCAGUUUUUGCAAGGAAUUCCUCAGAAAAGAUGGGAAAUUUUGCCUGCAUUUCUUUCCACCCCCAAAUAUUUUGCAGAAGGCACUUUCGUAGUGCAGUCUUAGUCAUCAACCCAGGCAGGAUUACAUCACCAAAGAAUUAUGUCUUAAACUAAUUAAACACGUGAAGCUACACUUGAGGAGUCUAGAGCUUGAAAGGUGUCCCCCACGAAGGUGGCAAAAUGUUGUUUACUGAUUCCCUGAAAAGCACUUAAAAGCUAUUCCCGUGGCUGCUAAAACAUUUACAGGGCCAGCGUUACAGAGGGUAAGCAAUUAAUGGUUUAUUAGCUGAAAUGGGUGGGACAAGAUUCAAAAAGUUCAUGUAUGCCUGCUCAGAGCUGAAAGAAAUCAGCAGAACUGAAAGAAAUUGGAAGACAAGUGUCCACUCAAUGCUGUCCCAAGGCACACCCAGCUGUGAGAGUAUCUUCCACCCCUCCAAUCCACAAUGACUAAUGAGUGGGAGGAUAAUGGAGUUAAAACUCUUUUAAGAGUACUUUACACGAAAGGGGAAAUUUCUUAGUAUCAUUAGGAAAAUUGGGAUGAAAAUAAGUGAUGGAAAAUUUAGCCUGAUUCUUAAUAAAUUCUGAGCCACUGACAUGAAAUCAUGCCCAGUCUGAUUGCCAGGGAUAGGAGGCAGAAAGAGGUGUCUGAUUGUGGGCAUCUUGCAGACUCCUGCCUGUGGUUUAUAAAGUGCUGUGGAUGACUGAGGGUAGAAAAUGCUGUAAGCAGCGUGCUUUGGGGAUUAACAGCCCUUAAUGACCUCAGAGCUGUUCCAAAUACAGGUUUGACCUCAAUGUUAUCAAUAAUAUUUGGUCAAUGCUACUGCCUGCAAAGGGUGACUGUUUAUCUGUGUUCUGUUUGACUGAAUGUGUAUAUGGCAUUGGAAAUAAGAUCAAUAGGGGUUUUUUUUCAUUAGUAUUUUGCAUGCUGAGACUUGAGAGUGUCUGUGUCACUCACAGAGUCUCAGAUGACUGCUGGUGAAUAUUUACUGCUAAAAGCUUGUUCCUGUAUUUGAGGUUUUCAAUUCUCCCUGUUUUAAACUACUUAUAUACAUAUGAUGCCACACUAAUAAUAAUAAAAAAUAAACAUUUUUUUAAGAGCAAAGUAGACUUGUCAUCUUGAAUAUACAUGGGGGUUUUGCCAGUUCAAAUAAGUGCAAAAUUGCUCUGUUGACAUGAAUCAUGAUGCUGAGCUUUCAUGCAGCAUAUAAUCUCACAUGCUCUGAUGUUAAUUAAAUUCCAAAGAAGCAGUUUUCUGAUCUCUCUACAGGGAGCUUGUUUGCCUUAAAAUGAACUACUGUGCUGAGAUAGUCUCCACUAUACCAGCAUUACGUUCACUACAUUAACUCAGUAAAGACUUUGGCAUAAGACUUGUAGCUGAACCUCAGUAAUCCCCUUUGCUUAUCUGGAAACCCAGGGCUUCUGCACGGUGGGGUCUUACACUGGUGACUCAGGGUGAUAUGAACCUUUCUGCUUGUUCCCACACCCCGAGCCGAGUCACAGCAUUCCAGUGUCACACAGAGAAAUGAGCAGCGUCCACAGUGCUGCCCAGGGACUCUGCAAAGCCUCCCCCAGGCUGAUUAAGACUUGCUGCCCUCUGUCCAUCAACACCUGAUUUCAGCUUGUCCGUGGAUCUUUAGCAAGGGGUUGGAAGGGUGUUGUCUGUCUAGAAGCAGCUUCCCCUCCCAGUCCCGAGAGCAUUCCCACAGCACCGGUUCAGAGAGCAGAGGGAGCAGGAGGAGGGAGAAGUGCUCUGCUGAGUGGGACAGCUCAGCUUUGCAGCACCCAGACCCUCCACACGUGCUGCACCCCUGGCUGCUGGGUGAAGUUCUGGGAGAGAGCAGGCAUUCCCAGUUCCCUGAGGAGGAAGGGGUAACAUUUCCUGUGAGGGGUACGUGCCUGAGCGGGCAGCUCUGCUCCUGCCACGCUGCUGCUGGUUGCUCAGGUUUGAGGAAGGGGAGAGUCAAGUGAAGUCUUUCUACUCAGGCAGUAAUUUGGGCAUGGGGGAGAGGGGAUAAAGUGGCUGGUUAGCUCAUGAGUGAACAAAGGAUGGCCCUGCUGCUUAGUUACCAGGUGAAAGACUCCCAUCAAAGGUGUUUUCUGACUGUGACUUCAUCCCUGUUAAAAAAGUAGAGGAGGAACAGAGGCUAAUACCCAAGCCCUGGUUGGUCCUGGGGCAUAUGAAGGGUGUUUGCCUCUCAUAAUUGAAUUGAUGGGACCACUUGCUUGGCAUUGGUGUGAACAAAGAAUGAAAUAGGAAAUGCUCCUAUUCAGGGCGAGAGUCCUGGACACCUCUGAAUCCACUUAGCAUUAUAUGUGGUGUCAGGAUGUUAGUCCUGAGUGCUCUCAAAUAUUCCCAGAGGCUACAAGCUCAAGCACUUGACUCAAGCAAAAGCUGAGACUUUUAAAGAUGGAUAAAAAGAAAGCUAAACCUUAUCCCAGGGUAUCCAACACACCCUACACAGCCAAUUAGUGCAUUUCUCUCCCCCUUGUUUGUUUGUUGGGGUUGAUACCACCUUUAUACACAAACACAUAUUUUCUUGGGGAGCUUAAACAUAUUAGUGCAUUCUGGAAAUACUUUCUAGGGGCAUAUGCUAGAGAAAUAGUUCAAAUCCUCUCUGAUCUUUGUUACCAUGAAACCUUGAAUGGAAUGUUUUUAAUUCUCAUUGUCAUGAAGUGCUGCCAGGCUGAGAUCUUAUUCCUCUAUCAGGCAAUAUUCCCAUCACAAUCAAUGCCAGAUGAAAAUAAAAACGAACAAUUUAGUCCAUUGUAAUUUUUUUCCUUUACAGAAAGCACUUGUCAUCCUUCAGGUCACUUUGUUUUUCUUCAAAAAAGGAGAAGACAUUACACUAUUGAACAUUUGUCAGUACAGGAUGGUGAAUCCAAAGGUGUUUCAUGGAAGAGGUAACACAGCAGGUCUUUCACAAUAGAGCAGGUGAUUUAAUGGAGGGAGAGUUUUAUUGAUUAUUGAAAAAAAUCUUUCUGCCCAAACUAUGACCUUCAAGGUUUAACCUUUGUAAUCCAGAAACAUCAGAUAAAGUAGGAAUUUUAACAUAAGUAUAUUUGCACUGGAAUUAUUUAACCUUGCAGCUGUGGUCACAAGCUCUCCUUUCACAUAGCACCUUCAGAGCACUCACAUUUGCCCUAAUCAAAGAAAUGGAAGUUAGGACAAGUGCAGGUUUGCUGUCCAUUACUGUGAAUAGGAAAUGUGUAUUGCAAAAAUGUCUCUCAAUACAAGUACCAGUAACUCAAUUUGGAAUAACUUGUGGUUAGUGGGAUUUGCUUUUAAGCAACUGAGUUCAAAUAUGUAAUACAGCAAUAGUGGGAAAUGGUUUAGAUUAAGAAAAUAAUGUAAAAAUCAUUUUUGGAUUUAUUUUUAUUAAAUUUUCUUGUUGUCACAAGCUCAGAACCUGAUGCUGCAAAUGGCUGAGAAGCUCCUGGGAAUUGCUAAAUACUUUGCAGGACCAUGCAUGGGAGAAAGCUGAGAAGAUUUUAAAGCACUUUGGAGGAAAGAUGUUUGUAUCUGAGACAUAGAUGAAAAACUGUGCAGGAUAAAUUGUGCCAGAAUUACCAUACUGGGCAGUGAAAGUCUUUUUCAGAACAUCAGUGGGACUAUGUUGCCUCAGACACGGGGCCCAUUUGGCCCAGUACCCUGUUUCAUUUUUCCAGCUGCAAAUUAUUUUCAGUUCAGGGGAGUUAUUGAGCCCUGGUGGUUUGUAGACAGUAUUAAUGGUUGUUCUUCUAAACAUUUCUUCAUUCUCUUCUUUGAUGUGUGGAAAGCCAACAUCCUUUGGCAAAGAAUUUUCUACCUACGUGAGAAACCAUCCUGUUUUAUUUGUUUUGAAGUAGCUUCCUACUUGCUUCUUCUGGUGGUGUUCAGUUCUGGUUCCAGACAAGACUACAGACAGCUGAUCCCUUACCUGCUCUCUCCAGACCCCUGGGAGUUUGGACACUGCUCUUAUACACUCCCUCAGGCACAUCUUUUUUCCGCCCUGGCAAAAGGCACUGCUCAGUCAUUCUUUGUCUGACAGCUGUCCAUACCUUCAGCCAUCCUUUUGCUUUGGAAAUUUGCCCAGUUUUUAUCUGUGCUACCUGAGAGCAGAGUACCAGAACCACACUGACUCCUCCAGGUAUGUGCAAACCAAAUAUUUGUGCAGCAGUAUAGAGCUGUCAGAUGGUUUAGUCUCUGUUUCUGACUCAUUAUUCCCAACCCAGGUUUUCCCUCUUCACCAUGAUCUGUUGCUGGGCUGAUGUGUUUGUGGGACUGUCACAUUGUACCCCCAGAUCUUCCUGCUGGGUGGUGAUGGUCAGCCCAGAGCUUAUCACUGUGUGUGAAGUUAGGAAUGUUUAUGCCAUUUUACAUCUAUCUACUUGGCUUUUAUCUGCCAUUUCAUUGCUAGGGACCCUCAGAUCCUUCUACAAUUCCAGUUUGCCCUUAGUCUCGCUGCUCUGAACAGCUCCAAGCCAUCAGCAAACAUUUACCCUCUCUCCAGGUCAUUUAUGACUGUGUGGAGCAGCAGAGCUCCAGCACACACCCACACAUAACUCCAUCACUGAACUCCCUCUGCCUUUUACUCCUGCCCUCUGAUCCUCUCUAUUAACCAUUAAUUUCUUCCUGUGAAGACUUUCUCUCUUAUGCCAUAGCUGUUUAAUUCCCUUAAAAACCUUUGGAGAGGGAGUUUGUCUUUUCUAUUUUCUAUUUUUUUUUUAGAAAUUCAUAUAAUCUCUAUCAAUUUACAUGACACCAGUAUCCACUCCCUACAAACCUUUCCCAGCAUUGUGCUUCCAGCAUGGAGCAUCCCAUUGCCUGGAGCCACUUUGCUCUUCCCUCUGUCUCUUUGUCUUCUCUGUGUCCCUGAUCCUCUGGUGAGGACACCAAACCUAUGGACAUUAUCUCCAAGCACAGCCUCUCAGGAAGUUCUGCUGCUUUUGGUUAAUUACGAACAUUAGCAGUUUUUAACCCUGGCUUUCAGGUCAAUGGGGGGAAAAAAGAGAUUGACUGCAAUAAGAGGAUUCAUAAAUCUGCUGUCAAAAACAACCCUGAGCCAAUGAGGCAGAUAACCAGAAAAGUAGCAAGCACACAGGCUUAUUUUUGUCUUAGCCCUGAAAGCUUCUAUUCUAUAGCAAAGACUUCCAUACUGAUGAGCAUAAAAUAUCUUCUGAUCCAAUUUGCUGAGAGUUUGAACUGAAAGAAACAAUUGAAACCAUGUAGGAUUUCUUGCAGUGUGGACAUAUUACUUAUAUACAGCUCAGUAGGUCUUGGCUGCACAAGAAUGUUUUAAUUUUUAAUGAAAGAUGCCUAGAGAUGAAAUAUUUAACACCUCUUUCUGUAAAGUCCAACUCCCAUUACUAUCACUACAAACAUUGCAAAGGGCAGUGAUACUGCUUGUUGCUCCAAGUGUUUUAGAGGGAUGGAUGAAAAGAAAGGUUUUAUUUUUAAAGUUGGGUAUAGUUUGCAAAGCUCACUUACUUGAACUGAAUCCUGCAGUUCUUGUUUAUUAAGAUCAGUGGGAGUUUCAUGAUUGAAACUUCUAUUAAUAUAGCAAGAUUUUAAUCAAGUGAGAACCAGGACAAAUCUUCUUGACUCUUUUUUUCUUUUUUUGAGAAAAAGAUUUUAAACUUCAAAAGGCCUCCUCUACAGAGAUUGAAUGGUAUAGAGAGAUUCUUUAACCCUCUGAAAGAGAAAUUAAUUGUUGUACAGUCUGCCCAGAGGUGACAACAGUUAGUGCCAUCCCCUUCUUUUGAUAAAUUUUAAGUUUCCCUUCUAAUUUCUGGCAGAAAUCUUGAAAAAAAUCCAUCCCUUACAGUGUGCAUUUUCCCUCCUGGGAGCUGGAAACGUUUCUACUGUAUCAAUGGGAAACUGUAGUUCAGGACAAGAAACUUUAAACAUGAAUUGGCUCCAGUGAAAACUGAUAGAAGCUGGUAAUCCAUGUGCAUUACAGUGCUGGCUGAUCAAUAGUAAUUCAGGGCUGGAGUGGCAUCAACUGAGAAGGAUUUCAAGGCUUGAUUAGUUGUGUUCCUUUCCCAUUGGGACUGUAGUGCAAUCUUCACUUAUAAAGACAUGUGAUCUGAAAGCCUGAGGCAGAACAAUCCUUGUUUUCACAGGAGAAGCUUUUCUAGGAUGCAAAAGCUUUUACAUCCUCAUCACUCUUUCUAAAAGCUGCAUCUUCUCCACAAAAUUAUACAUUAAAAAAAAAAAAGCAAACGAGCUUAGGAUGGCAUCAACAUCCCAGCGUCUGCGAGGUAAAACAGCAUGUAAAACAAUCUUUUGGGCAGUGUUUCCUCAUGCCUGCUUCAUUCUGUCUCUUGUCAUCUACGCUUUUCUGGGGGCUCUCAUGUUUUCCCACAUUGAAGGUAACAGGAAGGUGGAAUUUAGUGAAGACUAUAGAAAUUUUCUGCAGAACCUGACGUACCUCAGCAGAAGUUUAUCAGAUAACAUGACAGAAAAUGAGGUGAAGUUUAAGAAAAAAAUCCAUGAUCUUCUCAACACAGCUCAACAAGACUGGUUUGUCAAUCCAAAAGACAAAUGGAGUUUCUUUGGGUCUCUCUUUUUUUGCUGCACAGUGUUCACGACUGUGGGUUAUGGCAAUACCUACCCUGUGACCCGGACUGGGAAAUACGUCUGUAUGUUGUACGCUUUGUUUGGUAUCCCUCUGAUGUUCCUGGUCCUGACAGACAUGGGAGACAUCCUUGCAACUGUUUUAUCCAAGUCUUACAAUGAAUUCAGAAAACUGCAGUCAAAAAUUCUAGCCUCCAAGCUCUGCUCUGGAUCCACAUGUAACAAAAGGAAUGAACUGAAAUCCAGAGCACAGUCUAAAAUAGUCAUCAAUGAGCCCGUGACGAUCGUGGAACUGCUGAGAAGUCAGGCUGCUGUGAAAAGGAGGCCGAUGAAAUAUCGCAAUGUUGAACUUUUUGAAAUGUUAAUUGCCAGAGAAAAUGAGCAAACAAAACCAGCAAGAAAUAAAAGCAUUGAGAGAUGGAGCUCAUGUCCUGAACUUGCCAGGGGAAAGACAGUGUCCAGAGUAAUUGAGAAUUUUGACAAAAUAGGGAAAGAGUUAGAAAAAUUAGAUGUGCCCAUCGUGUUAAUGGUGCUCGUUAUCUUUGUGUACAUCUCCUGUGCAGCUGCUAUUCUUCCAAAGUGGGAAUCCAAUUUGGAUUUUCAAGAAGCCUUUUAUUUCUGCUUUAUCACCUUGACCACUAUUGGAUUUGGAGAUACACAGCUGGAACAUCCCAAGUUUUUCUUGUUUUUUUCCCUUUAUAUUAUUAUUGGCAUGGAAAUUGUCUUCAUUGCUUUUAAGCUGGGCCAAGAUCGCUUAAUUGUUUUGUAUAAAAAGGUAAUUUCGUUUUGUGCAGAGAAAAAGAUGCCAUCAAAGAAGAUAUAUCCAAAAUAAGAGCAGUCAUUUCUUCUUCACUUGUAAACAUUGGCCACUGCAAUGAGAUGAAACUGUUUCUGUGCAUUUCUGUCUUGGGCUGGCAGGUGUCAUAUUUUAUUAUGAUUUCCUCUGAGAAAUUACUGUAAAAUGGCUGAAUACCUCAGAAUUCACUUGGUGAAGGAACCUCCAGGGAGUACUUUCCAACAGGGUCCCAUUUACUAAAUAAUCAAAGAAGAUGCUGCAUGCAGAAGAAGCUGAAGGCUCUCCCUGCCAGUGCUCCCCCACAUAUUUUGCAAAGCUCUGACUUUCAGCAGCCUUUCUGUCCUCCCUCCCACAGCAAGCCAAGUCAGGAUUUUUUUUUUUUUUUCAGUACUUGCCCAGCCACCUUCUUGCAGGGAGGGCCAGCCUGGUUGUGGCUGUGGGUACUGAAGGUUUGCAGUGUGCUGCUGGCCUGGUUCAUCACCAGAGUGAGCUGGGGAGGACAACUCUGAACCCAACUGCUCUCCUGUUGUGACUGGUGUACUGUGAACAUCACACCUUUGACUGGGACACACAAGUGCUAAGUUGAAAGGAAAAACGUCAAAUUUUUACACCUUUCUCUGUCACCUGCCCAGAAGUCAGUCAGAAGAUUGUUCAUUUGUUCAGGGCUGCAUCCACUCUUUCUCCAUGCUGGUUUAUCACACCUGUACCAGCGUGCAGUCAGUGUGUGCCCCACGGUGUCCAGCUCUGAGGGUGCUCAUGGCAAGCUCAGCUCCUCAGGUGGCAUCUGGGGAAGGCACCCAGCAAACCUGGAGGUGAUGGCAGCCUGAAAGGAAGCUCCAUCUCUUUGCUGAUGAAGAAGCAUGUGCUGAUACUUCGACUGCGGAAUUCCUCACUCCUAAUCCAGAUUUCACUCUGCACAGACUGCUAGAUUUCUGGGAGCUCCUUGGCCCACUUGUAGAAAGCAAAACCUACCUGUUUCACUGCAGCGUGGGGAGGAUCCUGUAGUUAUGUACUUGCGGAGAACAUCAAUUCACAAAUAAUGUAGUUUCUUCAAGAUUUUGCUUGUGCUAUUCAUAGUCUGAAGUGAGUUAUCAAUGAUAGAUUUUUUCACAAAAAAUAAGAAUUUAGAAUAAAACUAUGUAAUUAUUCUAUAAGAAACCACUGACUUUAAUUACCCACCUUUUAACUUGUAGAUGAUUUGCAUGCCCAUUGAAGGUGAAUGACAUCUCUAGAUAAUAAAAAAUGUGUGAUUAUGUCAGAAUGUACAUUAUUCUCCACUAGCAAUUUUGCCAUUUGAAACUGAGAUUUUUUCAGAAUAUUUACAUGGCAUCUUAUGUCUGCAAUACUCCAUGUACAUGGUAAUAUGUAUUCAGUCCUUAUUAAUAAUUAGAUGCAAUUAAGCACUGAUUAUAUGCAAAAUAUCUGUAACAAACGUGGAUAGAGCCUUCCUAAAUCUUCGUUCGCGAAGCCUAGCCAUGAUAUGCAAAAUAUAUAGUGACUGAUAGUAUAUAGAAAAAUGAUUUAUAAAAAUAACAAUAAAAAUACAUCAGCUGGAAGAAGCUCCAGUUAACUUUUUUAUGUUUGCUGUAAUUUUGGCUUUACAUAGAAAGUCCCUCUGUUCAUAUUACUACUCUCAUAAGACCUAAUUUUAUGUCUUUAGAUUAAAAUCAGUGCAGAACUUUGGAACCAUGUUUUCAGAAAUCAGUAAAAGGACUUGGAUGAUUU